AUGGCAAGCUCUCCAGUCUUGAACGUGGUCCGCUAUUCGGCACUCGUCGGCGGCAUUGGAUACGGCAUUCUGCACCGCAGGACAUUGCAGGCAAAGGAGGACAUUAAGGCUUCUCACGCCGCGUACAAGCACAAGGAGCACCUCAUCCAAAAGGCGAAGGAGGCUUACAAGAACCGUCUUGUCGCCCAGCAGAGCAACUCUGGAAUCGUCACGGAUCCCGAGAACCCAGCAUUCGACUUGGAAAAGUUCUUGAUCAAGGUCGAGCAGGAGAACAAGUGA